AUGUCGCAAUUCCUGUCCAUUAUAGGGUGGUCUUUCCUCCCAAACAUUGCCACAUCGUGGAUCCAAACCAUCUACUAUGGUCUCACAAUCCGCGCCGGCGACCCGAAACCGGCCCCCGGCAGCCCGCGGUUCAACAGCACCCGCCGUAACAUCCACAUCCUCGUUGUGACGCUCUACCUCGCCUACACAAUCUACGAGGCCGACUACGAGCUUCGCCGCCAGGGAUCCUUCUACACUGACCUGGGCGUGCCCUUCUCCGCCACCGACCGCGACGUCAAGUCUCGCUUCCGCCGGCUCGCGGCCCUCCACCACCCGGACAAGACUGGCAGCGUCGCCGCCGACUCGGCCGCCUACUUCAUCCACCUCAAGGCCGCGAGCGACACGCUGCAGGAUGCCGCCAAGCGCUUCGCCUACGAGCGCUUCGGACCCGAGACGGUAGCCUGGCAGAAGUGCGUCACCAUUAGGGACUUUGUCACGAGGGGCGUCUUCUCGGGCAUCCUUCCACAUUAUGGCGUCGCAGCCGGGUCGAUAUAUGUCUUGGGCCUGCUGGGAUACAUGGACUUUGGCAAGUUCUACCGCUGGCUCAUCCUCUUGACGCUCUGCGUCUUUGAGCUCCACGCUGUUACUCGACCAAAUUUCCCGAAGCUACUCGACGGCCUCAAUUUCAUCUUCUCCCAAACGGCUACUCACCCGCCGUACCUACCUUACCAACUGAUUCAGCUUACACGCAAACUCACCAUAACUAUAUACAUCGCCCUGUCGCAGAUCGGCCCGCUGUUGGUAAUGGAUGCAUCACCAUCGAAGCGAUCUCUCGGAGACGAAGACGAACUACUGCGCCAGGGAUUGACUCGUCUAGAAGCCAUCGCCGGCCAGUUCGACGUCGAUGCGACGAGGCUAAUGGACAUGGAGAUGGCGCCUUUCCAAGGAGAUGCCGAGGCUACAUCCAAUCUGCAAGGGAAGAUGAGAGAGUGGCUGGUCCAAAACACAAUUCGAGCUGAUCCCAUGGUCCGCGACGCCCUGGGCAUGUCAUUGAGGAAGCGGCGAGUUGACGUUCCAGCCGGCGCAAGGGGAAACCGAUAG